AUGUUCCAACAACUGGCCUUACUCUCGGCUCUUCUGUCCAUGGCGGCUCUUCCCGCUAUGAGCUGCGUUUUACCCCCAGCCCUCACUUCGCAUGAUGGCGCUGCGGUCGCGCAACACACAUCUACUGCUACUGUGGACACCGGCAGGACCACGGCAGCAGUUGUCACGCAAACUGUAUGGGUAACAACACAAAGCCCUGUAGGAUUAAGCAAUCACAACGGUGCUGCGGCAACAACCAAUCCGGAUACAUCUAUGGGAGAGAAUCCGAAGCCGACGGCAACCUCCUCCAUGGAAGCCACUGCAGCAUCAGCAGUGGACCAGAUGCCAGGGUCGUCCUGGCGCUCACAGUCAUUACCGCAAACAACUGCCCGGCCACAAGAGACUCAAGCACAGCAACAACCAUCCCAAUUAGACGAGGCAAACCCCAAGACUGGUAAACCUUCGAUGGCCCCUCUUCCCGAACAUACCGCAUCCUCGUCAAGCCUAACGGCAUCGCAGACAACCGGUCCGCAGCCGAACAGCACCGCCGAUAUUAUCUUCGCCGACACCACAGCCACCAUUCAUCUGUUCAUUGUCGAUGUGGGGGCUAUGCCCAUAGACGGCAAUGAUGGAAAUCGCAGCAGCUCACUGUUCGAACCAUCGUUUAUUGUAGCUCAACCGGGCGACACUGUAGUCUUUCGCUUCCACGGGCCCUACGCGCUCUACAGGUCUGGGACGCAAGACCCAUGCCACGCGGCCCGGCUGAGCCAGAACUCUGUGACAGGGAAGGGGACCGUCUCAUCCUAUCAGGUGCCGGUCACUUCGUGGGAGCCGGUUUGGUUUUCGGCCAGCUUGAGUGAUAAUCCCCAUCAAUGUGAUAACCAGACAAUCUUUGGCCUCAAUGUUGGUGGGGAUAGCCUCUCACACAGUUGA